GAAGCCAAGCAUAGCGGAGUGACUACUCGUCAGGCGCGCAGCACUCCUUCUCCUACCCAGUUCCUGUUUCCGCCUUCUGUCUUCAGACAGUUUACAACUCAAAGCAUCCUGUUCAGGCAGAAUAUAAACCUUGAAGAAAUGCAAGCUCAAUGAGAUAAAGCCAGGAAGAAGUUGUUCUCUGAAUUCCCAAGUGAGGAUUCUGUGAGGCUUCUAAAAAAAGACGACCACUGAGAGCCAGAGAGACUGAGCCGUCUGCCAGUCAGUCAGAGGACUACAGAGACACAGAGGGUGACACCAGUGAGCUGGCCAGACUACCAGAGCCUGGCUCAGCACAAGCCCAAACCAGUCUAGCCCAAAGAGGGCCCACCCAAGAAGGCAGGCCACAACAAUGGACCUCAACCCAUCCUAACCCCCUGCAGGAACCAUAGCCAUGCAUUAACUAACCCCACCAACCAAACCCCAACUGGACCACGCUCACCUCCUCCGUUCUCCCUCCACCCUACGCCCUCCAUCGCCGUUCUCACCAUGCUUCAGAGCCUAUUGUGACGGGAGUGCUGCUCACCCCCCCAUCCCUCACCCCUCCACCCCAGAGACCCCAGAGGGGUGAAAGAUGCGGCCAUGGGCAGGUUCGUGGCGCUGGAUUAUGCUGGUGCUCCUUGCGUGGGGUACACUGCUGUUCUACAUCGGAGGACACCUGGUUAGGGACAGCGAGCAUCCGGAGAGAUCCAGCAGAGACCUGUCCAAGAUCCUGGCCAAGCUGGAGAGACUGAAACAGCAGAAUGAGGACCUGAGACGCAUGGCUGAGACACUCAGGUUACCAGAGGGUCAGUCUGACGGGGGCCAGGUGGUGAGCGCAGGGAGACUGCGGACCUUGGAGGAACAGCUGAUCAGAGCUAAAGAACAGAUCAACUCCUAUCGUAGCCUGCCUGGAGACGGGCCUGGUAGGAACCAGGAGGAGCUGCGGAGGAAGAUAGAGAACGGGGUGAAGGAGAUUUGGUACUUUGUCCGCAGUGAGGUCAAGAAGCUGGGUCACAUGGAGCAGGGGGACCUGCAGAAACAAAUUGACACACUGCUGCAGGAGCUGGGACACCAGCAGAGGUCGAUCAUGACUGACCUGCACUACCUGAGCCAGGCUGAUGGAGCAGGAGACUGGAGAGAGAAGGAGGCCAAGGACCUGUCUGACAUGGUACAGAAUAGGAUCACAUACCUCCAGAACCCCCAGGACUGCUCCAAGGCCAGGAAGCUGGUGUGUAACAUCAACAAGGGCUGUGGCUACGGCUGCCAGCUGCACCACGUGGUCUACUGCUUCAUGAUCGCGUACGGCACCCAGCGUACCCUCAUCCUGGAGUCCCAGAACUGGCGCUACGCCACGGGCGGCUGGGAGACCGUCUUCCUCCCAGUCAGUCAGACAUGCACCGACCGCACCGGGGUCACCACCGGACACUGGUCAGGUGAGGCUAACGACAGAGACAUCCAGGUGGUAGAGUUACCCAUCGUUGACAGUCUCCACCCCCGCCCCCCCUACCUGCCCCUGGCUAUCCCAGAGGACCUGGCCCAGCGCCUCCACCGGCUCCAUGGAGACCCGUCCGUGUGGUGGGUGUCUCAGUUGGUCAAGUACCUGAUCCGGCCCCAGGCCUGGCUGGAGAAAGAGAUCCAGGAAACCACCGCCAAACUGGGCUUCAGCCACCCCAUCAUAGGGGUCCAUGUGCGGCGGACAGAUAAAGUGGGGACAGAGGCAGCCUUCCACCCUAUAGAGGAGUACAUGGUUCAUGUAGAAGACCAUUUCCAACAUCUGGCUAGACGCAUGCUGGUGAACAAGAAGAGAGUCUACCUGGCCACCGACGACCCCGCACUACUAAAGGAGGCCAAGGCUAAGUACCCAGACUAUGAGUUCAUCAGUGAUAACUCCAUCUCGUGGUCUGCGGGGCUACAUAACCGCUAUACUGAGAAUUCACUGAGAGGAGUCAUCCUGGACAUUCACUUCCUGUCACAGACCAACUUCCUGGUCUGCACCUUCUCCUCACAGGUGUGUCGUGUGGCAUAUGAGAUCAUGCAGACCCUCCAUCCGGACGCCUCGUCUCACUUCCACUCCUUGGAUGACAUCUACUACUUUGGUGGCCAGAACGCCCACAACCAGCUAGCCGUGUACGCCCACCAGCCCCGCAGCCCCGACGACAUCCCCCUGGAGCCCGGCGACCUGAUCGGGGUGGCGGGGAACCACUGGGACGGAAACUCCAAGGGCAUCAACCGCAAGACGGGCCGUACCGGCCUCUACCCGUCCUACAAGGUGAAGGAGAAGAUCGAGACCAUCAAGUAUCCUACGUACCCCGAGGCAGACAAGAUGCUGAAUCAGUAGAGAGAGACUGAGAUGCAGACUGAGAUGCAGACUGAGAUACAGACUGAGAUGCAGACUGAGAUGCAGACUGAGAUGCAGACUGGGGUGCAGACUGGGGUGCAGACUGAGAUACAGACUGGGGUGCAGACUGAGAUGCAGACUGAGAUGCAGACUGAGAUACAGACUGAGAUACAGACUGAGAUGCAGACUAAGAUGCAGACUGAGAUGCAGACUGAGAUGCAGACUGAGACACAGACUGAGAUGCAGACUGAGAUGCAGACUAAGAUGCAGACUGGGGGGCAGACUGAGAUACAGACUGGGGUGCAGACUGAGAAACAGACUGGGGUGCAGACUGAGUAACAGACUGAGAGACAGACUGAGAGACAGACUGGGAUGCAGACUGAGAUACAGACUGAGAUGCAGACUGAGAAGCAGACUGAGAUGCAGACUGAGAUGCAGACUGAGCGCAGACUGAGAUGCAGACUGAAAGGCCGACUGAGAUACAGACUGAGACAGACUGAGAGACAUACUGAUAAGCAGACUGAGAGACAGACUGAGAUGCAGACUGAGUGACAGACUGAGAUGCAGACUGAGGUGCAGACUGAAAUGCAGACUGGGGUGCAGACUGAUAUGCCGACUGAUAUGCCGACUGAGUUACAGACUGAGAGACAGACUGAGAUACAGACUGAGAGACAGACUGAGAUGCAGAAUGAGAUACAGACUGAGAUGCAGACUGAGAUGCAGACUGAUAUGCCGACUGAUAUGCCGACUGAUAUGCCGACUGAGUUACAGACUGAGAGACAGACUGAGAGGCAGACUGAGACGCAGACUGAGACGCAGACUGAUAUGCAGACUGAGACGCAGACUGAUAUGCAGACUGAGAUACAGACCCGAGAUACAGACUGAGAUACAGACGCACACUGCUCACUUAUGAGAGGAGAGAGACCCUCAGCCCGGUAGAGGGGACGAGGAGGAAAGCACUUUGAACGAGUGGUGGUGUUUGUCGGUGGAAGGGUUUGCAUGUGUGAACACCAUGCUUGCUUGCAUGUGUGCACGUGCGUGAGUGACAGAGGAGUAUCUACAGGGUAUCUGACAUACUCCUCACCCUCGGGGACUAGGACCCUCCAGUGGAUCCCUCCAUCAGGAUGGUUAAUAAGACAACAAUGAACGAAUGAAUAAACGACAAGAAGAAAUACACGAAGGAUAGCACUCCGGUGGAAUGAUGAAGGGAUCGUCCAAUCGCAGCUCUUUAUUUAAAUAAUAAUUGAAAUAACUGAGAAACCUCAGAAUGAUGACUGAAACAAAGAAUUAUAAAGAGAACCAAUUGUGAACUUCAAGAACCAACAAACAAACUCUUGACUUUCUCCUCUCCUCCUGUGCUGUUCUCUUCUCUGUUCUCUUCUCUGUUCUAUUCUCUUCUCAUCUCUGUUCUAUUCUCUGUUCUCAUCUCUGUUCUCAUUUCUUCUCUGUUCUCGUCUCUGUUCUCGUCUCUGUUUUCUUCUCUGUUCUCAUCUCUGUUCUCAUUUCUUCUCUGUUCUCUUCUCUGUUCUCUUCUCUGUUCUCAUCUCUGUUCUCUCUGUUCUCUGUUCUCAUCUCUGUUCUCAUCUCUGUUCUCAUCUCUGUUCUAUUCUCUGUUCUCUUCUCUGUUCUCAUCUCUGUUCUCUUCUCUGUUCUCUUCUCUGUUCUCAUCUCUGUUCUCUGUUCUCUUCUCUGUUCUCUUCUCUGUUCUCUUCUCUGUUCUCUUCUCU